AUGAACACGGGCGAGUACGAUAAUGGGAACUUUUGGCUCAUUGUUGAGCGUGAACCAGUCAUCAAAUUGGCAAGUGUAUGUAAGGCGCAAAGUAUCUAUCGCUUCUACACGGACCUCACGGGUUUCAACGGGGUCAAUCGCAAGAUUUUCGGUCUCGUACUGCGUCGAUCGCUCAACGAGGGCCUGCCAAGUACCCUAGCGUACGGCUACACCGCAUUCAUAGCUGCCAAUGGGCUGUCAGCUGCCUGGAAUAUUGUCGCUGAUAACCACACCGCGUUUGUUGAGGUGCUCAUCGAUGCACUAUUUGAUCUUGCUGCGGCCGUCCUGUAUCCGAUCGCGGUUCUCAGCUACUGCUACUACAACUUCAGCUUCGAUCGAGCGGUUUACCUGGUGAACGCAGAAGUGCUUCCUGAUGGAAACUUCGAGAGGUAUGCUCGGAUGCAGGCAGACCCAGCUCAAGUCGCUCUUUUCCUCCUCAACUUCAACUCAUUGAGGAUCAGCGGCGUCUUGGACUUCAUUCUCAGUAUCGGCCUGAACCUUUCGUUUUGCUACCGCUUCGUUCGCGUCAUCUCCUCUCAAGCUGCCUGUGCAACCUACCCCGAGUGCGUGGCGUAUGCUCACGUCUGGAACACUGGAGGUCAAUGCCCUUGCAUCGUCAUGAUCGACGGCGAUCGCGCCCCGCGGACAGCUCACGAAUGGGAUUAUCCCGAAGAUGUCACGGAUAAAGUCCGCGCACUGGCUGGAGCUGGUCGGCUGAACGGACUGCAACUGAUCAAUCGCCAGCUGCGACGCUGGCCGGACGAGCUGCGCCGAUGCACCGACAUGCGAACAAUCUCGUUGAUUUACACAAGUAUCGAGGAAAUUCCAACUUGGGCCACGGAAUUCAAAAUGCUGCAGCACCUGCACCUGGAAGGGAAGUACGGGAGUCAGAACCUCGUCACGCUUCCCCCCGAUCUCUUUAGCGACCUCCCCGACUUCACCUUCCUGCACCUCGGCAACCACCACAACCUCAUCGCGCUGCCAGCGUUCAGUGGCACCCCCAACCUUCGCAGUAUGGUGCUCGCCGUCCUGCUCUCGCUCACGGAGCUACCGUCGUUCGACAGGCUGCUGAACCUCGAGACCAUGGCCCUCGUGCACAUCCAACGGGUACCCGCCGUCCCGGACAUGGGUCCGCUCGCGAGUCUCUCGCGCCUGGCGAUCUUCCGACCCAACCACUUGUGCUGCAACGGGUUCGUCGCUGCGUGUAACCUCUCGGACUCGUUCUGCCUGCCAGACCUGGCGUUCCACGUCCCUGCUGCCUCGUGUCUCGCUCCGAACGACCCCCGGCACGCCACCGCAGCGACGAGAGAGAUCUUCAGCAAGUUCGCGCCUGCCAUCUGCCAGAAGUCCGCCAUCCCCUUCGCUUUAGAGGCGCUGUCCGACUUCCCCACCGCCGAGCGGAUCGCCGCGUGCGACGGCGUCAUGUACCGACAGAGCGAGAUCCCGGGCGUGACGUCGGCGAACGGGACAGUGGGCAUGUGCUACAGCAGUCGGAUGCAGGUCGUGGCGUGCAACGUCGACGAGCUCUUCAUCAGAGUGAGGAGACUCGAGAUCGAGCGCGGAGUGGGGGCUCCAUGCGACCCCAAAGCGGAGCAGUGGCUCGGAUGCACAAGUUGA